UUGAAGUAACAACCAAGAAGGUUUGAAAGCGUGGUUCAGUGUAAUCCAAAGGUUACAAUUCAUACCUAAUGAAGAAAGAUUUGCCCCGUACCCCACUAUCCUUUCAGUAUUUUGUGCCCCGUGCCCUGUGAAAAACCCAUCCUGACUCAAAGGAAAUGGGUCAACUAUAAACAUUGGAAAUCCAACAUGAAUUCUUUUUACACAGUGGUUUCAUAAUUCUGAGUAUCAACAGGAAGUACCUGACUUGCCUCGGGAGUUGUCAGUCAACCCUGAGGAGAUCAAUACUAGAUAGCACAUUAGAAAUCACCCUGUGUUUAGAAACAUGGGUCUGUAGAAAACAGUGAAGGAUCAAUUUGGUUCAAACUAUUUGUGUGUUUUGUUUAUAGCCUGCCAAGACAGUUCAAAGAAUUUUUCGUAUUUGAAUCAUGAUUCUCUAUAGAUGGCUGCUGGGUUGGUUUGCUUUGUGUUCGUUUGGCCUAUAUGAAAUCGAAGCUAUGUCACGAAAAGGCAACUUGCAUAAACAAGGAGAAGAGGAUCAUCUGAAGACGCACAUUAAAAGUUCCACAGACACAAUAAAGAGGUUCCGCCGCCAACUUUCAUCGAGGUACGCCAAACUCCUGUUCAUCAAUCUCUCUGGAAGAGAAGUUUAUAUUAUAUAUAUGGAUUACUACAGAAAUCCUGUUAGGUUCAUGCAUUUGCGGAGAAACGAGAAGCGAGCAUUAACGACCCGUAUUCAUACAACGUGGUAUGCGUACGACGCAGUAGGUCGAGAGUACAUGGAAAUCAACGGGAAAUACAACCAUCUUGUUCGUCGUAGCCAAGGUGGGCAGACGAGCGAUCUUUUCAUAAGAUCAAAAGAUGGAAAAACUGCGGACCCGCCCAAGACUAAAGUCUCAGAAAAGUACCUCGAAGUGAUGGUUAUUGCAGACUCAACCAUUUACAAAAAGCAUGGAAAUAAGACGAAGAAAUAUCUAUUGACAAUAAUGAAUGCUGCAAAACAACAUUUUUACCACAAGACAUUUGUGUUUAAAAUGCACCUUGUUGUUGUACGAUUGCUUAUAAUCAAGGAUAAACGAAACGACUUCAAGAUUUCCGAAAAAAACGAGAGAAGCAGUUUGAGGAGUGCUUGCAAUUACGCAGCAGCAUUAAAUUAUCCGUCAGAAACGGAUGAGCGCCAUUUUGAUUUUGCUGUGUUGUUUACGCGAAGACGGUUUGGUCAUACAGGAUUCACACCCUUGUUCCAAAUGUGCAACAUGAGACACGCUUGCACCCUGGUUUUGGACAGCGGUCUGUCCUUAGCGCAUGUUGUGGCACACGAAAUUGCACAUUCACUUGGUGUUGAGCACGAUGGUUUUUACAACGACUGCAGGCUGGAUGGACUAAAAGGAGGAGUGAUGGGAAAAGUACUAUGGUCAAGAUUCGACAAUUAUUAUUGGUCAAAGUGUUCUCAGAGACAAUUAAACAUGACCGUGGAUUAUUUCUACUGCCUCAACGAUAAACCAGUGGUGAACAUAUCAGACUACAUGGUUUCCCUGCCUGGAGUUUACAUGAACAGGGACGAGCAAUGUCAAAUUGCGUUUUAUGAUCAUUACGGAAGAUGCAACGCUCCUUAUCGCUAUUAUGAAUGCAAACACUUGUAUUGCACUCCUGUUGGAAGCGAUAUGGAUAGGGACUGCUCGUUAUACACACGACCGCCAUUAGAAGGAUCUUCUUGCAAUGAUGGUAGAGGGUGGUGCGUGACAGGUAGGUGUUACCCUACUGGCCGUUUGCUUCCAGCUCCUAUUCAUGGUCGAUGGUCCAGUUGGGGCAGUUGGAGCAGGUGCUCUGUAGAAUGUGGUAUUGGCAUUAGAAGUCGUGAAAGAUCCUGUGACAGGCCAAGACCAAAGUAUGGUGGCAGAAAAUGUCCUGGACAAGAUACUGAGCUGAAAUCUUGCAAGAAAAGGGAUUGUGAGGUCCCCAAGACAUAUAUCGAUGAGAGAAAUCUUCAUUGUAAGAAUAUGUAUGGGGCUGACUGGAUAUGGCUUUCAAAACAAAGAACAGUGGAACUUGCCUCCACCCUACAUGGUUUAAACUGCUCCUUUGAACGCAACUGCAGCUGGAUACAGUUUGACAAAGACGAUUUUGAUUGGACAAGAGCCAGCGGAAAGACACCCAGUCAGGGAACUGGGCCUAGUGAUGAUCACACUUUCGGGAACAAAACUGGUUACUACAUGUUUAUCGAAGCCUCCGAUGGAGACGGAGAUGAAAGAAGAAAAAAGGGAUAUAAAGCUCGUCUCCUGAGCCCUAUUAUCAAAGUACCUCAGCUUUGUUUGUCAUUUUAUUAUCACAUGCUUGGUAGCCAUCUUGGAUCCUUGAAUGUUUAUAAGUUUGAUAGCAAAGCGGGAGUGCUGUUAUGGAACGAGACAGAGGAUCUUGGUGAUCGGUGGAACUUUGUAGAAAUUGAUAUCGAAAGCUCCAGAGCUUUUGAGAUUCACAUCCUGGCAGUUAGAGGCUCUCAUUAUCAAGGUGAUAUAGCUAUUGAUGACAUCAGAGUUGUCUUUGGCAGAUGUGGAAAAACCGAAAACGUUUUAGAUAGAGGCCCGUGUACAAUUGCGUGUACGGAUAGAACAGAAACGAUGUUUAAGGUCAACCAAACAUUGCCGGACAGUUAUGAGUGUGUAAGUGCUAACCGGACACAGAAUUGUACCGACAGCAAAUGCGAGUGGUGUAUCAAAGGGAACUGCUUCCCAUACGGGCUUUUAAACUAUGCCCCCAUUCAUGGGGGCUGGUCUGCUUGGAGUUCAUGGGGACCUUGCUCCUCGACGUGUGGCCUUGGGAUCAAAUCAAGGCAGCGACGAUGCGAUAACCCAAGGCCAAAAUAUGAUGGAGAUGAAUGUCGAGGUGAAAUCAAGGACAUCAUGACAUGUCAAGCUAAGGAAUGUAAUAUCAAAGCCACUUUCAGCCAGAAAAGAAAUGAUUAUUGCAGUUCUUUGAAGAAUGGGGAAUGGAUUUGGUUCACGAAGGAGCGAGCUAUUGACAGGGUUAUAUCAAUGCAUGGACUAAACUGUACCUUUGAAAACAACUGCAGUUGGACCCAAGAUACGAACGACGACUUUGACUGGACACGACACAAAGGAAAGACACCAAGUGCAGGCACGGGACCAACCACUGAUCACACCUAUGGCAAUGCCUCGGGUCAUUACUUGUUCAUUGAGGCAUCUACCGGAGAGGGAAAUGCCAAACGAGAAAAGGGCUACAAAGCUCGGCUGAUCAGUCCAAUCAUAAACGUACCCUAUGUGUGCAUGUCUUUUUACUACCACAUGCAUGGCAAGCAUCUUGGCUCCCUCUCGGUGUUUAAAUUAGACAGUAAGAAAGCACUGCUUGUUUGGGAAGAAACACGAGAUGUAGGCAACCAAUGGAAACGCGUGGAGUUGAGCAUAAACGGGUCAAGGUCCUUUGAAAUUCAUAUCGAGGCUGUGCGAGGGGUUCAUUAUGAAGGUGACAUUGCUAUUGAUGACGUCACAGUUAAUCUUGGAAACUGCAAGAAAGAGGAGAACUUCAUGGACCCAGAGUCAUGUGCGAUCACAUGUUCAGAUCCAUCUGGAACACAAUUCCUGUUGAACAGAACGCUUCCAGAUGCCUACACAUGUCAGAGGGAUUCCCAUGGAAACGAUGUGUCAAAUGGCAUAUGUAUCAAUGGACGUUGUGAGAAACUGAAAUGUACCCCAGAAACUGGCGCGAAGUAUUCGCUUGAUGAAUGUAGAGUAUGCCGUUCUGGUGACAGAAACUGCUAAGAUGUAAACCAAAAAGUUGAAAGGUAAAAUUAUCUUUCCGUAAGUAAAAUUGAUGUAUUACUUUAUAAAAAUUUCUUCCCUUCGUAAAAGUAGAAAAAGUAGGCCUCUUGGGACAGGUGGGGGCAAAAGGUCUCUUGGUUUUCCUAAAGGGGACUAAAAUAUCCUUCUCAGGCUUAUUAUUAGAGUAUGAUAUUUGAGCUUCUCAGAAGGGGGUAGCAUGCCCCGUAGCCACCCCGAGCGAUUAAUUUAGGGGGGCUUUUACCUGUUUGGGACCAGCAUGUUACAAAAUGAAAAACAGUGUGGUUGAAAAUAUUUUGGACCCAAUUCAAAGUAUCUUUGGUCAUGCAAUGGUCCAAAAUUGCAGAAUUUUUUCUGUAUAAUGGACGAAUCAUCCUUGGCCACAAUACUGGUAUCUCCAAAUAGGAGCUGCUUUUCCCAAAAUACAUCCAAGCUAAUCUGAACCCCUUGGCAGUUCAUAGUAGAUGCAGCUUGAUAAAAUAGACAUAAAGAUGUAGAAAAAGAUUCUGAUUUUUCUGAGAAAUUUGAAUAUCUUUUUAAACAUCACAUUAAGUGACCAACGUUUAAAGAGAAAAUAGGUUAGAGUUGCAGGCAAUAUAAGAAAAAUGUCAAGAAUUGUGUUAAUUAUUUGGAUUUACAGCAAUAAUUGAUAUAUUUUUAUGAUACAUCGUUUUAUUUUGUAGCUGUCGGAGAUCUGGCCAAAGUAACAAGUGAAACGAUAUCAACAUCUAUCAUUCUUUGAGGAACAAAAUGAUCAGCAUAAACAAUUUUUUUAAAUUCUAUUUCAAGAGUCGUGAGUUCAUUUCCGAACGUUGGCAGUUUGCAGGCACGUUAUUAUUUUCAUCAACAAUCGCUGGACAGGUUUUUCUUUCUGCUCUAAACUUGUAUUUGGCUUUUUGUCUGCAAUGAAG